GGUUGGCACCUGGUGACUCCACCUCCUUCCCUGGCUGGAGACCUGCUCCCAGGUAAGCCUGGAAGUGCCAGUGGGGCUCCCACCAGCCUGCAGAAGUUGUUAUCCCAGAAAACUCUGGCCAAGUAGCCUUGGAGUGUGUUGCUAACAGUAAAACUGUGCUGGUCAAGAUCACAACCAAGUAGGUUUGCUGUUAAAUGGGAAGCUAAUUUUAUUCCAGUUAUUAAUUGGAAAUAUUGUUGUUUGGGUUCCGGCCACAAGAGGAGGCUGAAAGAAAAUUCUUACUUGAGCUGAGCUUUGGUGUUGGGAAGGAAAAUUAUUCAUGGUAUGGGAUCCAGGUGAUUUUGACCUUUUGCUCCCCUGUUUUUGGUGUUUGCCUCUGGAAAGUGCACGAGGGAAUGGGAAUGCUGAGGGAAUGCUGAACCGCUGUUUGGUGUGUUUAUCUUGGCACUGAGCCCUUAACUCCCUUUGCCAGGGAAUAAAUGGCAGGGCAGGAAAAGGAAUGGCAUUUUCAGGGGAUAAAGGGCAAUGGAGGGGGGAUAAGGCAGGCAGGGGGUUGCUUUAUGGGAUGGGAGGUGCUGUAUGGAGCUUUGCUGCCCUGUCCAUGGAGGUGCAGCCGAUGGGAGCAGGAGCGAUGCUGGCAUCAGGGCACUGGGAUGAUCCAGGGAUGGAAACAGCAGCUCAAGCUCCCUCACUCCCUGGCACCUGGAAUCCUGCCUUGCUCACCCCUCCAGGCCAGAAUCAGAAGAAGGGAUUAGUGCUGCUUUGUGGGAAAAAAGUGGGAGUUCAGCAGGCUCAGGGGCUGCACACAAGGUCAGGGAGCUAUUAAUAAAGGCAGAGCCUGCCCAGCUCUGCAGCUCAUGGAGAGGGACUCAGGGAGGCAGCAAGUGGAACAGUGCAGGGCUGGGGGGCUCAGCUGAUUGGGAUCCCCAGUUUUGGGCUGGUUUGGUGCCUCUGGUGUGGUUUUGGCUUGCUCCAGUAGCAUCAUAUGGGAUGGAAGUGGGGGUGUUCUGUGUUGAACCUCUGGUUCAGCCGCCCCCUCCUGGGGCUGUCUCGCCCCUGCCUGGCUGCAGGGAAUCUGUCUGUUUUUAAAUUUCCAGCUGGAAAUGAGGGAGAGGCUCCUCGUGCUGUGCUAUUUAUACCUCAGAAGGACAGCAUCUGUCUCUGCAGGGCUCAGCCCAGGGCUGUGCUGGGACCUCCAUGCUGGAAACGGGGCGGUGUCCUUGGAUUUGCUCCUUCGUGGUCCCGGCUGGAGUUGGCUUCUGACACCUGCAACCUGGAGCUACUCACUCUGGCUGCCCUGUGCCUUGACUCCUCCUGCCAAACAGUCCUGCAGAUGGAAAGACACCAUCCAUGUCCAUAUCAUCCAUGUCACUGGGGAUAGUGUCUGGUCCCAGAGAGGCUUGGCGCUCUUCAGCUGCGUGGGCGCCGACACCAACGUCACGGCCGGGCACGGCGCGGAGGGGCUCAGCUGCGGCACAGCCAAGGGAUGCACAGCAGGGAACGGCACGCAGCCGCGGCGGCAGAGCCACUUCUCGCGGUGCCCGGAGGAGUACCAGCACUACUGUGUCAAGGGCAGGUGCCGCUUCCUCGUGGCCGAGCAGGCGCCCGCUUGUGUGUGCGAGCGGGGCUACACCGGGGCUCGCUGCGAGAGGGUGGAUCUGUUCUACCUGCGAGGGGACCAGGGCCAGAUCGUCAUCAUCUCCCUGAUCGUCGCCAUCGCCGCCCUCAUCAUCCUCGUCGUCGGCAUCUGCCUCUGCAGCCACCACUGUCGGAGGCAGCGUAGGAAGAGGAAGGCAGAAGAGAUGGAAACGCUAAACAAGGACGGACCUUCCAGAAGUGAAGAUGUGCGGGAAACGGGCAUCGCGUGAAGGAGCUCCCGGUACCUGCGGGCGGGUCCCGGACGGCACCAGCGGCUGGCUGCAUGGGCGAGGGCUAAAGCGUGCGGCGGCUUGAAUAAAGGGGUGACGGAAAGGUG